ACUGGGCGUGUCUUUACAGCGCACAAGCAGGAAACAUGGCGUCGCUGGUGGGUCGUCUCUCUCGGGCUUUUUUCGUAAAAAAUACAUUAACAUUGAGCCGCAAUGCUAAUCAAAAAUCGGUGAAUGUGACAGGACCGACUCUCAGCCGAACCGCCGUGUCAUCCACAACAGGACGUGUCCUUCCUAAACCAGAUAAGGUUCCGUUCGGCUUAACCCGUAUGGCCAUAGUAGUGGUCCCGUUCCUCUACGUCGGGACUUUAAUCAGUAAAAAUUUCGCUGCUCUUUUGGAGGAACAUGAAAUCUUCGUCCCAGAUGACGAUGAUGAUGAUGACUGAGUGAAGUGCAUCAGUCUGAAGGUCUUCUGAAUGGAGCCUGGUGCAGAUAAACAGGAUAUAUAUAUUUAUGCAAUAAUGAAGAUUGUCAACACAUAUUUUUGUGUGUUUACAUUUCUGCAUUACACUAACCAUGUCCACAAGCCAAUGUUAAAUGCUGUUUUUAUGUUUCCAAAUAUUGUCGACAAUAUAUUUUGAGGCUGACCUCAUCUUUUGCCUCUCUUAUAUUUAAUAAAUUGCUCGACUGUUAA